AUGUGCGAAAUUGGAUUACGCCCUGGAUAUCGUCUCAAAAAUAUGUGUUCGCUUAUGCUGCCUGAGAAUGAAGCAAAUCCUGAAGAUGGGAUCCGCCUUCUGAAAAUGGGUGACGACCCUAGUGGAGGAGGACUUCGGAUGAGGUAAAA